AUGAGAUCUGACGUCGAGGCUGCAGAAUCGUAUCUUGCCUCGUUGGCAAACCCUGCUAUCAAGUGGAAGCCUGGAAAGGGAAGCCCUCUUUCUGCAGCGGCGCGCUUCCGUAGCAGCAAUGUGCAUGCAGUCGAGUUGCACUGGAAUAUAGUAAAACGAUGCCGCCACCUGGUGUCUGUCAACCAGCAGCUCCCAAAGGCUGCAGGCCAGGCUGUGUCCACGGCCAAAACUAGCCGCACAUCCGGCAAGGCGGAGACUGUCAAGGGGUUGAUAUGCGUCCAUGCCGUUGUGGAUGGAGGCGCAGAAUGGAUCCGUAUCAUUACCAAGGACCAGAAACGGCUGUUGAUCGAGAUGGCUGAGGGUGGCUGGGAUUGGGGUUCCGAUGGAGAAGCGAACGACAAUGACGACGACAAUGACAGCGCACUGUAUGAGGAUGUCGCAACCCUUCGACAAACCAAGGAGAUAAUCGACGUGGCCCGCAGUAAAUGGCACAACUACCGGCAUCCAAGGAUACGAAUCAUCCUGACGAGGGUAAAAGAAGGCCAGAAUGAGGAGAUCGAUAGGCUCAUCGGGAAAUUGCGUGGUAUUGGUGGCAGCGAUAUCAACGUCAAAGUCUAUUGCGCAGAGUCCAAUUGGGUCACCAACAAGCCUCCCGUACCUGUCGACACGGCGAUUUCCAACCUUUUGCCUCAGGAGGAAGAUGUGGGUGAGACCAUUCUGCUUGACACAAGUGUUCUGAUCGCUUUGGUGUCGGACAUUUGUCACACAAAGGUUGCCAAAAUGCCCUGGAUGGAGCGAGAUCUGCAAACCCAUAUCGAAGACGAAAACAAGGGGAAUAAUUUCAUCCCGUCUCUUGCCGCCUCACGGCUGCGGGGAAAGAAGCUCAUCUGCACAAAACAAGCCAUCGCCCAUUUCACCGACAUCACUAGGACGAUAGGGAGUCCGACAGAGGUGGAAAGGGCCCGAGUGCUUCUCGAGGGCGUGUCGGCUAAUCUCCAGAAGCUCUCCAUCCACCACAUCUCCGACGACCUGAUGUUACCUCUGCAUGUGCUUCCUGGCGAGGAGACGGCAUUGUGUGCCGAAUCGCUCGUCCGCGAUGGUGUCCUUCCCGAGGUAGCCUUGGAGGUGGACAAGCAUCUCGAGAGUGUCGCCGGCAACAGAGCCACGCACCUGUACGGUUGGGCUUCGGGCCUGACGGUCGUCACGAGCAAUAGAGCUCUCACGAGCAAGAUCGUGCGGACCGUGGAGGCUAGCCUGGCGGAAGACUACGAGGGCGGGCCUCGUAUAUGUGCGCUGCCGUACAAUCGGGCCCUGGUGACCUGUGGACCUAGCCCCGACAGAGCACGGGAGCUUCAGCGGAGAGGAAUCUGGGCUCCAGGCCAGACGUCAAACAAUGAGACUGACCAUGUUUCUCCAUCUUGA